AUGGCAGCAUGGUGUGCGGAGAAUCUACGCGAUCUAGAGGGAUGGAAAGCGUCCGGACUGACACUGUCUACCACUCCGUCCAAUGAGUGUGCCAAGCUGUUUGACGGUGCUCUUCGACAGAUCGUCUCAUGGUCAGAUUGUGAAGUACUUGGAGGCUUUAUCAAGACACUGGACGACAUGAAAGCUGCUGAUCCCAAAGCAGUACUUCCGCGAGCAUUUCGACUCGGUCUGGAGGGUCUUGGUACUGGCACAUGUACUCGCGUCAACGAGACCUACAAAACCAAUCUCGACCAGGUAUACGCUGACGCUCAAGCUUACGGUAACCCAAGAGAACUGAAGCACAUGCCAGAGCCAGUCCGACUGUGGGGCCAAGGAAAGAUGAAGGAUGCCACAAAUAUCUGGGAAGAGAUUCUCACCGAAUAUCCGACUGAUUUAAUGGCAAUCAAAUUCGCCCAUGAUGCGUACUUUUUUAUGGGCGACGGCAAAGGAAAACGUGAUUCGGUCAAAGCUGUGAUACCGAAACAGAAGGGGACUGAACCGUGCUACAGCUAUCUUCAUGGAAUGUUGGCAUUCGGACUAGAGGAGUGCGAACAAUAUGCGGAAGCUGAAAAGGAAGCUGUGAAGGCUCUGAACAUGCACCGCUUCGAUUGCUGGGCAACUCAUGCACGAGCCCACGUGAUGCUAAUGGAAGGCCGUAUCGAUGAAGGCAUACAGUUUAUGGAAAGCACCGUUGAUGACUGGAGGCCAGGAUGGAUCAUUGCCACUCAUAACUACUGGCAUAAUGCACUCUACUACAUCGAGCAAGGAAAUUAUGAGGCACCGCUGACAAUUUUCGAUGAUGAAGUGUGCCGUCGUGCCAACAAAAGCGGUUCCGUGCUGGAUCUGGCCGAUGCGGCAUCGAUACUGUGGCGCUUGGAAUUAGAGGGUGUCGACGUUGGGAAUAGAUGGCAGUACCUUCCAAAUAUGAAGACACACUUGGAGGACCAUGUAACAUGUUUCAAACGAUGCCCACAUGGGCGAGGGGACACAGUGGAAGAGAAACAUCUCCAUGACACCCUUGUCGAGUUCUCCAAAAAUGGCGACGUUGAUAACGCUAAGGUCUGCCAGGAUGUGGGUGUAGCUUUGUACGAAGGUAUGACGCUCUAUGGACGUGGGCAAUAUGACAAAGCAGCUGAAUUGAUGUUACCGAUUCGGCAUCAGAUUUAUCGAAUUGGUGGAAGUAACGCCCAGCGCGACAUCUUCUCACAGACAUUGAUACACGCUUGCAUUAUGUCUACGGAUCCGGCUCAUUUCCAGCAGACACAGAAGCUCAUCGAUGAAAGAAGUGCCUUGGUAAAUUCGCCGAUCACAGAAAGGCUCGCAGCUAAGUUCAGGAAGCAUCAUCCUAUGUAA